GAAAGUCACUUUCCCCCUCCCAGGUCUUUUUUUUUUUUUUUAUUUCUUUAUUUUUUUUGUGAAGGGGUUCUUUUUUUUUAUUAAUCUAUAACACUUUUCAUCAUUAAUAUGGGUCAACGUCAAUCCUCUCAACGUUCAGAUACACCCUCCGAAAACGAACGUCCCGCUACUGCAAGCGGACGAAUUCGUCCUCCUUCACGAGUUCAAGCUCAACGAGAUGCUCUCCGGUCCGCAGUUAUACCCGUCAAUGAAAACCAACGACGAGAUGAACGACGAGCAAGACGAGAACGUUUACGAGAAUUAUCAGAGGCAAAUACAACUCCUCCAUCUCCUUCCAUCACACCUUUCUCUCGCAUGAUUGCUUCCGUCAUUUCUGAAGCGGUAUUAACUUCCUUUCGCAACGGCCAAAUGGCCUCUUUAGCUCCUCCGCCUCCACCUCCUCCACCACCUCCACCAGCAGCAACAGCAACAGCAACAGCAACAGCAACAGCAACAGCAGCAGCUGAAACAGACGAACAAGGUCAACAAGGACAAGCCAACGUACGUCAACAACUCACCAUGCAUCUUUCACCUGAACUCUUUCAACAAAUGGAGCCUGAUAGCACAGAAGACUCCUUUAUGCGCUUCAUGCGAUUACCCGUCAUCGUCAGUAGUGUCUCUACCAUCACCACAGAAGAGAAUCCAGAACCAAUAGCUACGGCAACCGUCAGUCCAGCCAAUGAACUUCCUUCUCUCGCUGACCGAGAUGGUCAAGUAAAUCGAGUGGUACUUUUACCCGUCUUUUUAUACGGUGUACGAUCCUUUAACACAACAACCACCAGUAACAACAACAACAACAACGAAACAGCCACUUCCACUCCUCGAACAGAGAAUCGAAGAAGUGAGCGACUUCGAGCAGCCAGUGCUCUUGCUGAUACGGGAGAUGUCGUAGCCACAGCGAGUAGUAGUGAUGAAGAUGGUUCGCCACCACCAGCAGCAGGCGAAGAUCGUGUGGGUAGUGGACAAUGGACCGUGUAUAUUAUUAGUGGCAGCAGUGUAGAAGGUAUUAUGAACGAUAAUCCAUCGUAUGAAGAAUUAUUGGAUUUGGCCACCUUGAUUGGUCCUGCACGUACACCUACUGUGAGUCAAGAGGCGAUUAAUUCCCAUGUGCCCAUCUUAAAAUAUACCCAACAAGUGAAACAAACCAUGGUGGGUAACGCAGACGGAUGUCAAGUUUGUUUGUCCAACUAUCAAUCACAGGAUGAUGUGCGUGUCUUGGCUUGUCAUCAUGGUUUCCAUCAAGAGUGUAUCGAUACCUGGUUGACCCUCGGUAAAAAUCAAUGUCCCUUGUGUCGUGAUGUGCCUGUGCCUUCAUCAGCAUUAUAAAUUUUUCCCUUUUUUUAUUAUUAUUAUUAUUCCAUCCAUCAUUCAUGUACAUACAUCACACACUCACACACACUAUAACACACUAUAACACACAAUAACACAAAUUAACACAAAUUAAGCAAAGAGAAAGAGGGGGGGAACUCUGAGUUUGUUUCAAUAAAUCAUUUUAAUUAGCUUUUUCUUUUUUUUCUUUUUUUUACACGGGAAAACUACUUUGGAUAGGAUGAAU